UUUUUAGGGCUUACAACUGCUUAGUCAGCCUCUACAUGGUCAUGUGAAUACAGUUAUCAAUGCAAUUUGUAAGUGUCUUCUCCCUAACCUGUUGAUGCUGAUGGGAGACAACAGAGUGGCAGCCCAGACUAUCCCUCGACCUGUCCAGAUGGCAAGAGAUCAAGCCAUAAACUUCAUCAUAUAUCUGAUGAAGUCGGAGGCCCGCUCCCUGUCCAGUAUAAGAACACUUCUACAACACCUGUGUACUAAAGUUACCGAUAGAGCAGAGUACCGCACAAAGGUGGCUCAGGCAGUGGUUAGUAUCCUUCAAGAGAUGCCCAGUGACCAGUAUGGUAAAAUGGUAGAAUGGUUUUACCGGCUUUCUAAGCAUGCAAAGAUGAAUAACAGAGCAUUCACCCUGGAGGUUGUUUCUUUGUUACUUAACUUACCAGAAAGGGAAGUUGAUGGUAAUAUUCCACCUGAGACAGCCUCCUAUAUGAAGCACACUUCCCUGCUUGGAAUUUUAUUGGACAGGUGCUCAGACGCUGCCCCAACUGUCAGAGCACGAGCCAUUACAGCCUUCUCCCAGUGUUUUACCACUGCAGACAUGGGGAUAAAGAACACGCUGAAGGAGAUUGUGACCCCCGUGAUGGGCCCCAGACCAGCUCAUGCCCCACAUCUGAUCCCCACCCCAGACAUGGGCAACAGGGCACAGUCCAUGGUUGAAAUGACUGUGAAUGAAGCCAGCACAGAUAAAACAUCAGAAAAUGCACAGCCUAUGGAGGGUAAUGAUGAAACCCCGGUCAAUCCUGCCCCACGGGUUAUUCCAAAGACCCCCUUCCAUCAAGUGGUCCUAACACCCUUUAAUCCCAACCUACCUGAUGAGCAGGGAGUCCUGUCGAUGUUGAGACGUCGAGCUCGAGAUGAGAAGGUUAACGUGAGGAAGGCUGCCCUACAAGCCCUGGAGUGUGUCAUCAAGUUUGAGGCACCAGAUUACAGAAGACAGGACCUGGAUGUGUUGGUGGAGAGAUGUCGUGACCCAGCCCUGUCUGUCCGUAAACAGGCCAUGCAGAGUCUAACUGACCUUCUGUUCUCCAUGCCUACAGAGAAACCUCUACAAAAGUGUUGGCUGGAUGGAGUUCUUCCCCUUGUCAUUGAUCGAGAGACAACACUACAAGAGAAAUGUAUGGAGACACUGGAGGAAAUCAUCCUUAACAACAUUGUCCCUUUCAAUAGAUCAAAGGAUGAGGGUCAUGAGCUUGUUUGGAACAUUUUACAAAUUAUGACUCAGUUUGAAAGCUGUGAUUUAAGGCGAUACCUACAGAAGGCUUGCAGACACUGGGCCCGUGUUGGGAAGAUCAAAUCAAACCUCAUUACUUCUUUAGAGUCCCAUGUUGAGACUAAGAAUAAUGAGGCCGCCUGGAUGUUGCUAGCUGAACUGGCUCCAGCUGUGCAAAAAUUCAGCCAUGGAUUCAUUGUGAAAUACUGGGAAAAGCAUGCUGGCAGUACAAAUGAAACGGAGUACUACACACUACAGAGGGUGUUAACAGUGAUGGGUUGCUGUGCCAGACAUAUCCCUGCAGAUCAAAGAGACCUAUUAAUUGAGAACCUGAAAGACAAACUGAAGAAGUUUGAUUCUCCUCCAGAACUGAUAUCCACAACCAUUAACACUCUGUCCAAGUUAUGUGAAGCUAAGGCUGAAGCUCUAGGAUUGGCCAGUGAAAGAGAGGCUUGGUGCACUGACCUCUUGACCUCAUCGGACAAGUACCUGUCCAAAGUCAUCCUUCAACAAGAUGGUGGAGUGAUAAAUGAAGAUCUGGUUAUACGUCAUCUUUUCACUCUGGGAGAAAUUGCCCAGCUGUGCCCUGCCAGGACCCCUAAACGGAUUUACCUGAUUGUACAGAGUAUGGUGGCAGCCCCCUGUAUCACAGUGGCCCCCUCUCAGACUGUCCUACCCUCCCAAGCACCACACGAAAAUGUCAGUGGAUCAUCUCACAAUAGCUCUCAUGGAAACCAUAGCGGGGAAUCCACUCAAAGUGCUGGGGCUCAUAUUUCUGGAUCUUCCCAACAAACUCAGUUUACACAGUUCACUCAGUUGACACAAUUCAGGGGAUCAAAAAUGUCUAAUAGGAUCAGAGCCUUUGCCUUCAUUGCACUUGGCAAGUUGUGUCUACAGAAUGCAGAGCUAGCUAAGAAGUGUGUUGCAGCCCUGGCCCGAGAGCUAGAGAUUUCCCCAGAUCCUACCAUCAGAAAUAACAUUGUCAUUAUUCUCUGUGACCUCUGUGUCAGGUACACUACUACAGUGGAGCAGUAUAUGCCCUCCAUUGCCGCUUGUUUGAAGGAUGAGGCGCCCCUUGUCCGUAAACAAACCCUCAUCCUGAUCACUAGACUUCUGCAGGAGGACUUCUUAAAAUGGAAAGGAGCUCUGUUCUUCCGAUUUAUAACAACUCUCCUGGAUGAGAAGAAGGAAAUCGCAGAAUUUGCUGAAUAUUGCCUCAUUCAUGUCCUGUUACAAAGAAAACCAGCCAUGUUUUCUAACCAUUUCAUGGAGUGUAUAUUCCACUUCAAUGCUUAUGAGGGCCACUCAGCCUACAAUAAAUUUGCACAGAAUGAAAGAGAAAAGAAAAUGUUUUCAUUACAUGGAGCAGCUAAAGAGAAAGACAGAUUGAAGCUCUACUGCUUUAUGCUGGAGCACAUGACAGAUGAACAAAGAUUUCACAUGACUGCAAAGAUUUGUACUGAGAUCUUAGGAGGAAUAGUGGACAAUAUAAUACCACUGGACAAUGCAAGUUCAGCUCUUCUCAAAGAUGCUCUUGCUAUUCUAAGUUGUAAGGAAAUCAAGCUGUCCUCUCUGAAGGCUAAGCCACAGGAGGAUGCUGGUGGAGACGAACAAGAAAUGGCAGCCAUUGUCAUAGCAACAGCCAAGAAAACACUUAUUUCACAAGUGGUGAAAAAGAACGUUAUAGAAAAUAUUGUGCCCAUUGUUGUAUCACUGAAGCACAUGCUUGAAAAGCACAGGUCACCAGUUCUGAAGGACUUGAUGUGUUAUCUUAGAGAACUCAUGCAGGACUACAAGACAGAAGUUAAAGAUAUCUUGUCAGCUGAUAGACAGCUAGCAAAGGAGAUUGAGUUUGAUCUCCGGAAGUUUGAGGAAGAACAAGAGGAAAUGAGGAGACAGCAGGAUCAACAGAACACUGUACAGAGUCUUCAGGGAACACCCGGGUCUAGCCCCAGACCAGUUGUGAUGGGACCAUCGCCUAGGUCCCCCCAGAUCACCCCCCUAUCACGACCCCCAGCACAUACCAGAUCACUGGCCAACAGUCCUGUGGGUCAAAGACAAGGCUCUACGGGGCCAAGUUCCCCAGUUUCUGUUCAGUUGAACAAGACUGCACCUUUGCCAAUGAGUGUUGGAUCCAAGGACUUUACUAGAGAUCAGUCCUUGUCCACCCUUGCUAUACUGAACUCUGCCAGAAAGGCUUUCUUAAAAGCCAAGGAAAAUAGCCCAGUCAGAGCUAGUAAGACAAACCGGAGGAAAUCCAGUCUGGCUACUACAGAGGAGAAAUCAACAGAGAGGGAGGAGGAGGAGACCCCACCCCUCACUGUCAGGUUCUCAGCAGAUUUGCCCUCGGGGUCCUCAGACAGUGUUUCUACUCCACCCCGUGCCACUAGAUCCACCAACAGAGCCAUCAGCACCCCUACUGGUGUGCUGGACAAUAUAACUUUCCACAUUGACCAAAAUGUGACCCUUAUUCCCCCCUCUCCCAUCCCCUCCUCUAUACCUAUCAGGGUAUACCCAGCUGAUGCUAAUUCAGCUCCUCCUACUUGCAUAAAAAGGAAGGGGGAUAACCAAAAUAAAGACUUCAUCUAUAUGUUUUCUCCUGACAAGCCACUGCCGAAACCAAAAAAGUGGAAUGUGACUUCACCGGCUCCGGUGCCAAGGAAAAGUCUUGCAACACAGCAGGAGGAUGAUCUAGUUUCUCUACCAGAGUCAGACACCUCUAAAGAAUCAACCGUCGUCAACAAGAAAUCGAACCAGACAGCAAGUAAAGAGAAGUCCGGCACCUUAAAAGAGUCAUCCAUUGCAGCAAGCAAAGAGAGGAGCAGCAAGUCUGGAGGAGGAAGGAGGAGAUCAACUAGACGAGGGAGAAAAAAGUAACAGCUGACUGGAAUAAAGGUGUAAACAGACUUCUUACUAUUAAUCAUGUGUAUAACUGCUUCUGAAUCAAAUCAUGCUAUAUUAAUUUGACUGGCUCAAAUAAAAAAAAUUCAACAA